AGCAGCGACUGCACCAUGAUGGACGAGCUGGUGCAGGACCUGGUCUCUGCAUUGGAGCAGGCCUCAGAGCAGAGUAAGCUCGAGGAGCUGUGGGGGGGGAUGAUCCCAAGUCCUCUGCAGCAACGACGGCAGAUCCGAAGGCGCAGAGGCCGCAAGCGCUUCCACGAGUCCUCGCUCUAUCCCAUGGCUCGCAGACGAUGCUGGGUGGAGGCCUCAGAGUCCAGCAUGGAUGAGGCUAAAGAAUACAGAAAGAACUUGCCCUCCACUCUCAAAACAUCUUUGGCCAACAACAGCGACUCUGAUGACACAACUGACCGCUGGUCUUGUGUUGUUAGAAGCCCGGUCAGUUCAAGGCAACCCUCCUGGCUAGAGUCUGACUCCUUCACUGACAAUAAUCCAGGACGACCGCUCAGGAGGCGCAGGAAGCUCAAGCGGAUGACCUCAGAUGUGAAGGUCAGGUUUCAGCCAAAUCUGCACGUGAGGGAAAAUGGCAAAAAAAGGCCUCGUUUUUCUCCGGUGCCAUGUUUGAGCGGCUGGAUGGGAGCAGAGUCCGACAGAGGCAGACUGAUGGGAAAGGAGCGCUGGAAGAGGAAGAUGGCAGAAGAACACAGAGAUGGUCCAGAUGAAAACAUGUCUGAUGGGGAAAGCAGCAGCACCUGCAGCAGUGACCCUGGUCUGUUCACCAAUGAUGAAGGAAGGCAAGGUGAUGAUGAGCAGAGUGACUGGUUCUUUGAAGGGGACUGUGGAGUUGGGAAGGCGGUGACUGGUCUCCUGCCCAACUGGGACCCUGACAGCUCGCUUUCACUUGAGAAGAGACACACUCGGCCCAACUUCCUGCAGCCCGCACGCUGUUCUGUCAGAGGGUAUCACGCCCAUCCUGAUCGUCUGCUUUGCUCAGCCGCCUGCUGCUUGAGGAGGGACAGGAGACGACUUCCCAAGAAGAGCACCAACAUGCCACUGCUUGUAGAAAGACUGAGGCACUUCUCCCAAGAUCAGCGCCAGAGAAACUUUUGGCUGCCACCUGUUGGAAAACAAGACAGAAACCAGUUAAACCCUCUGUGCCCAGUUUGUCCUGCUGAUGCAAUGUCAGAGAGCUCCCAUCUCAGGUGUUCCUCCUCAAUCUUCAGGAACAGGCAGAGUAAUUUCCCUUCAGGACUGUUUAGUUCAGCAGACACGAAGAGGAGGAGAGAAACAGAAGCUGCAUCCAUCACAGCAUCAGCUACCACCCCAUUUCACAUAGAUCACCAGAAAGAGGAGUUAAGAGAAGGAGCCGGGCACACAACAAACGUAGAAGCAGUGGGACCAUCCACACCUCAGUUUUCUACGUCUGCUCAGCCUGAGAGUUUGUCUUUACUCCACGAGGACACUUGAAUAGAGAUCGACCGGCUCAUCUAAUUCCAGCAGAAGGUGGAAAAAAAAAGCUAUUGUGCCCGAAAAAAAGAAACUAAAGCUCGAACUGUUAU